AUGUUGGCCAAAAAAUACCAUCUCGCCAAUACCUAUUCGGAUUAUGACUCCAUCUUGACUUAUGAUGAUACUGGCUUCACAGACUUUUCUGGUCUCAUCGAUGAAUAUGAAACUGCAUAUGACAAAGCUGCCGCUAAGGCUGGCCGUUUGCUUGUCCAGAAUUUGCAGGAUCAGACCAUGCGUGCUGGCUUAUCCACUGCGGGAUGGAAUCCCAAGCAUGGCGAUAUGAAGAGACAAGCCGCUGAGUGGUGGAACUGGGAUUGGGAGGCUGCUUUCCCACCCGAAGAGUCAUCCUUCAUCUUUGGUGUCGCAGGCAGCAACCUCACCUUUAACCAGUUCAGUGAUGCCAACAACUUUGUCAUUGACCCACGCGGUUACAGUGCCAUCAUUGACGGUGAAGCUUCAACAUUUCUCACCAAGAGCGAUACUCGCCUGCUCCUCAAUACUCGUAUCACAAACAUCACUUACUCCGACCACGGCGUCACAGUGUACAAUCACGACGGUAGCUGCGUAUCUGCGGACUACGCCAUUUCGACCUUUUCACUGGGCGUGCUUCAGAGCAAUGCGAUUGGCUUCUCGCCACAACUGCCGGGGUGGAAGCAAGAUGCAAUCCAGAAUUUCGCCAUGGGCACUUAUACCAAGGUCUUUUUGCAGUUUAAUGAGACUUUCUGGCCUGAGGAUACGCAGUACUUUUUGUAUGCUUCGCCUACUACGCGGGGCUAUUAUCCUGUUUGGCAGUCCCUCUCGACCGAAGGCUUCAUGCCGGGCUCCAACAUUAUUUUUGCAACCGUCAUUGGUGAUGAGUCUUACCGUAUCGAGCAGCAGACGGAUGAAGAGACCAAAGCAGAGGCCAUGGAGGUUCUUCGCCAGAUGUUCCCCAAUGUUACUAUCCCGGAACCCAUUGCGUUCACGUAUCCCCGUUGGGCCUCUGAGCCGUGGUCUUUCGGAAGCUACUCAAAUUGGCCAGCAGGUACUUCAUUACUAGCUCACCAGAAUCUGCGGGCUAAUACCGGACGACUGUGGUUUGCUGGUGAGGCUACCAGUGCCGAGUAUUUUGGGUUUCUUCAUGGAGCUUGGUUUGAAGGUCGUGAGGCAGGUGCACAAGUUGCGGCACUGUUGCAAGGCAGACCAUGUGUGCAAUAUGGAAAUGAUAGGCUUUGCGGAGAGAGGAAACAUUAUGACCCGUUGACGGGGACGUCGCCCUUGAGUCAGUAUACUUUGUUGAACGGAUGGGCUGUGAGUAGUCUCUAUGAGAGUGGAGAUGAUUGA